AUGCCUUCUGCUAAAGACGUGGCCAAGGAGGCCAAGAAGGCCAAGGAUAAGAAACCGGCUGUAUCCAAGAUGCCCGCGAAAAAAGCUCCGCCACCAAGCAAAUUGAGUACUGAGUACGUCCAAGACAGUGAUUCCGACGCCAAUUCGACCAGCGAUGACGGCUCUCUACCAGACAAUCCAGCUGCAGCCAAAGCAAAAGCCAGUGGCAAAGCAAAAAAUGCAGUUGCCGACAGCAGCUCAAGUGGAAGCGGAAGUGGAAGUGAGAGUGAGAGUGGUAGUGAGAGCAGCGCAAAUGAGAGUAGUAGUGAAGAGGACGAGGACGAGGACGAGGAUGGAUCAAGUGAGGAAGAGGAAGAGGAAACCAAUAGCCCAGUGGUUUCCAAACCUAAACAAUCCUCGACACAAUCGAGUACGAAAGCUGUGACUUUGCAAGAGCCCGCCCCUUACAGCCCUCCUACUGGAUUCAAAAGCGCUUCUGUCAAUGGUACCACGAAAUCAUCGCAGUUGUUCAAGGAGUCGAAUCUGCAGGGAAAGCAAAUCUGGUAUAUUACUGCGCCAGCAUCAGCACCCCUCUCAUCUAUAGAGGAGCUCUCAUUACUUGACAUAAAAGAGCACAGGAAGGUAUUGUCACACAAGGGUGAUAAUUAUGGUUUCUUUGAAGAUGAGAGUGAGGCAACAGCAAUCACCAAGGUCUUGGUUCCGAGUAGCUCAGAUGAUGGUUAUCGUUCUGCAAAAACUCCCGUCAACAAGAUACUACAUCUUCAGCAAAUUGUCCAACCACCAAGCCUCCCUCAAAUUACGACUCCCGCCAAAAAGCCCGUUCGUCAGCAACCUCGCGGCUUGAAGAUGCGUUUUCGCCCGAUUGGUUUCAGCAAUGGUGACAUGGGAAGAAUAGGUUCAAGCUCUUCAUCGGAGGGCGAAAGCUCAGAUCAGGAGAUGCAAGAUGCACCAGCUGCAAAGUUCCGCAAACCCGAGUCUCUAUCAGCCACGGAAUCCUCAGACGGAUCUGAAGACGAUGAUUCUAGCUCUCACGCCAAGAAGACCAAAGCUCCACCGAAAUCUUCAAAAUCAAAAGCCCCUGCUGUUGAAUCAAGCAAGAAAACCGAUGGUUCAUUGAAGAGAAAAAGUAGUGAGGGAGGCGACAAAAAAUCAAAACACAAGAAAACAGAUAAAAAGUCAAAAGACCAUAAACAGCCAAUCAGUGCCAACUGA